UGCCCGCGGGCAUCAACAGGUUUUCUCGGUGGAUUCGGUGGUUUUGGUGUUUUUUUUUGUGUUGGUUUCGCAAAGGCGAGUCGUCGGGUGAAAAGUGCCUCUCCCACAGGCGUGGGCGCUCGCACACUGCGAAUGCCACAUCCUGUGGCAACUUCAGGCACUAGCAAAAAAAAAUGUAUCACACAAAAAAGCAAGCUGAAGUGAAACUGGUUUUUGGCGCGCUUUAAAAACUCUCAACUGACAUUUUCCAUUUCGACUGUGUUUCGAAGAAGUUUGUCUUUCUGCCGCAAAGUUGUGCAAAAGUAUAACUUUAGCUUCAGUGAUUUUUGUGACACAGCAUGAGCAAAUAAUAUGAUUCUCGAUUUCAAUAUGAAGCGCCAAAAAUGAUUGCAGCGUUUGCAUCGUAGUCUUGAAAAGGUUUUUUUCAUUGAUUUAAUUAGAGCCACCGAAAGCGGUUGGCCAGCCAGAAAAACGAGCAAAGGGAUUCCUCACCAGCCUGCGCCCAGCGCCCUCUUAACACGGUAACCACUGACACUGAGAAUCAAAAGGAACCACAGCCCGGAAAAGGCCAGAAGUUUUAUAACGACGACGACGACGACGACGACGAGCAGAGGGACAGCAGACACAGAUACAGAAACAGCGAAAUGGACAAAAAUCUGAUGAUGCCGAAGCGUUCGCGCAUCGAUGUCAAGGGCAGUUUUGCCAACGGACCGCUGCAAGCACGCCCACUGGUGGCCCUUCUCGAUGGACGCGAUUGCUCCAUCGAGAUGCCCAUCCUGAAGGAUGUGGCCACGGUGGCCUUCUGCGAUGCACAGAGCACCUCCGAAAUACACGAGAAGGUCCUCAACGAGGCAGUGGGAGCUCUGAUGUGGCACACCAUCAUCUUGACAAAGGAGGAUCUUGAAAAGUUCAAAGCUUUACGCAUUAUCGUGCGCAUCGGCAGCGGCACAGACAACAUCGAUGUGAAGGCGGCGGGCGAACUGGGCAUCGCAGUGUGCAAUGUUCCCGGCUAUGGAGUCGAGGAGGUGGCGGACACGACGAUGUGCCUGAUCCUCAACCUUUACCGGCGGACGUAUUGGCUGGCGAAUAUGGUGCGCGAGGGCAAAAAGUUCACUGGACCCGAGCAAGUGCGGGAGGCAGCGCAUGGCUGUGCACGCAUCCGCGGCGACACCUUGGGCCUGGUCGGACUGGGCCGCAUCGGAAGCGCCGUGGCCCUGCGGGCAAAGGCGUUCGGCUUCAACGUCAUCUUCUACGAUCCCUACCUGCCCGACGGCAUCGACAAGUCGCUGGGCCUCACUCGCGUCUACACGCUGCAGGACCUGCUUUUCCAGUCCGACUGCGUCUCACUGCAUUGCACGCUCAACGAGCACAACCAUCAUUUAAUCAAUGAAUUCACAAUUAAACAGAUGCGACCUGGUGCAUUUCUGGUGAACACCGCCCGAGGCGGCCUGGUCGAUGACGAGACCCUGGCGUUGGCGCUGAAGCAGGGAAGGAUAAGAGCUGCCGCCCUGGACGUUCACGAAAACGAACCUUACAAUGUAUUUCAAGGCGCACUGAAGGAUGCCCCCAAUCUGAUUUGCACACCGCACGCCGCCUUUUUCAGCGACGCGUCCGCCACGGAGCUGCGCGAGAUGGCAGCCACCGAGAUCCGGCGGGCGAUCGUCGGCAAUAUUCCAGACGUGCUGAGGAACUGCGUCAACAAGGAGUACUUCAUGCGCACGCCGCCUGCCGCUGCCGCCGGGGGCGUGGCGGCGGCUGUUUAUCCCGAAGGAUUAAAUGGCGGCUAUUAUACAGGCGCACUGCAUCACCGGGCACACAGCACCACGCCGCACGAUGGCCCCCACAGUACAACCAACCUGGGCAGCACCGUAGGAGGCGGUCCGACGACAGUCGCUCAAGCUGCCGCCGCAGCCGUGGCCGCUGCGGCAGCCGCCGCCGCCCUCCUGCCGUCGCCGGUUCCGCCGCACUUGUCGCCCCAGGUCGGUGGAUUGCCACUUGGAAUUGUGAGUAGCCAAUCGCCCCUGAGUGCGCCCGACCCUAAUAAUCAUCUGUCAUCGAGCAUAAAAACGGAGGUGAAGGCCGAGUCAACGGAGGCGCCGUAGGCAUCUGCUGUCCCAGUGGCCGGAGCCGGAGAGCUGGAGUUGAUGAUGGCAACGGGCAGUGGCGCAAUGGAGUCCAGCACAACAGCUGGCCAACGGAAGGCGGCGAAGGAUGAGGAGCAGAUCAAAUGGAGAGAAAACCCCGAGGAAACCCUAAGGAUUAAACAGAAAAAAAAACCCCAGCAGUAGUCAUCUGUCAAAUGUGUGGAGUCCCCCGUAUCCGUGCUGUUGUUCUCUUGUUCCGGUUGUAAAAUGGAUUCCUUGUGCGCCUGUGCCAGCGCUUGAUUUGAAUUUUUCCAAGUUUCUAUGUUUUAAUUUAAAAUACAAUACAUAUUUGCAUUACCAACCAACCUUCCCCCCCCAAAACAAACAAAAUAAAACGAAACACAACAUUAUAAACAACGCAGGAAAUCGAGGAGGAGGAGAAGGAGUUCGAUGAGGAGUAUAGUUAUGAUGAUCCCACACACACAACACGCCUCAAAAUUUACUACAUAUUUAGACUUUAAUUUGUAACUAUUUAGAAUUUUACAGUUACAAUUUAAGAUUUUUAUUUGUAUUGCAGCAAAUUGUAAGUGAAAAUAUGUUACUACAUAUAAGCGCAAAAACAAAUGCAAA